CGGCCUCCACACACACACAUACCACUCACACUACACAACACCACCACUACCACUAAUGUCACACACACACAAAGGACACGACAUGUAUAUAAGUCAUGACACAAACACUGGACACACACUUGUUGUUUAACCUUUGAUUAGUUGACUAAUAAAGUUCUUCUUCUCAACCGUUGCACGAACGUUACUGGUGUCAGGACGGAUUCGAACUCAACGUGUAAAUUCAACGAUCAAUAUGGCAACAUUGUCAACUACACGGCGAGAAAUCUCUCGUUUACAUAGUCGACUAUUAAUUCGACAAUUAAAUCCGGAAGCAGAAAAAGAAAAAAUCUUAAAGCUUGCCGAAGAUCUGGCCAAUGAACAUGAUCAAAUAUGGUCGUCAAAUACAGAGCCGACAACUGAAGAAAUCGACAAAAUGUCGCAAUAUCAAGAAAAACUGCGAGAAUUAUUGCAGGAAGUGGACCCGAAACCAAAAAUUUCCACUAAUGCAGCAGCAGAAAUACCGAAGAUCAAAAUUAAAUUUUCCGGUAAAAAGCAGGACUGGGCAAGUUUCCUCUCGCUAUUCGAGAUUGCCACAAGAGAAGCAAGUCCACAAGAAAAAUUCCUGAUACUGACAAAUGCUCUGCCUAAUCAUUUAAAACGUGAUCAUCCGACAACACCGAAUGCUGAAAGUGUCGAAAACAUUAUCAAUGCGCUGAAUAUCACAUUUGGACCGAUCGACAACAAUCAAACAUUGGACAUAGUCGAACGUUUUAACCCUGGUUCAAAAACACCAUUAUCAUCGACAUCAGGCAAAUUGUGUGCUCUUUAUUAUCAAGCAGUUUCUCGGGGUAUCAACAAAGAAUGCAUAGACCGAGUAUUCAAGAAGAAAAUACUGCAAAUCAUGCCGUUUAGCGUGCUAAACCAAUUGCCAAUAAACAACGACGUGGAGAUGAUAAUCAACAAAAUGGCCGAAAUAGCCCAUGUGCAAACUCAAGCCCUUGAGGCCAAACGAGCAAACCAACAACAACAACAACGCUCAUCUUAUCGACCAACACAGCAUGACAACAAAAACAAGAAAUGUGCAUUAUGUUCAAGGUCGAACCACAACAGCAUGGCAUGUACCAGUGGCUCAGCAAAAUCACGAAAACAGAUAGCUCAACGUCGUGGUUUAUGCCUCAAAUGUUUACGACCCAACCACAAGGCCAACGAAUGCCGAUCCAACAUUAGUUGUGUCAAGUGCAAAGGACAACAUGCCACCUGCCUAUGUGACAAAGCAACGAUCAAUACAUCGGAGAUGGCGCAUGAUGAUUCAAGCGACGAAGACCAAUUCGACGAUAACGACGACUUGGUAGCUUUAAACUAAACCGCCCUCCCAGGCAUCUAAUAGAAUUCCCUUUGUUUAUCAAUAAAAUCAAAACUUUGGCAUUAUA